GUGACACUAAUGACAGUACUUGGCAGUUUCCAAAAAAUUUUAUUCAUUUCGAUUUGAUCGGUAAUUUUGUUAUGUCAUAUAAUGAUCUGGUAGAAAGCUAAAUAAUCGUAUAAAUGGAGCACUUAAUUAAAGGCAAAUUUGGCCGUAUAGUAAUAAGUUCUUAUUUAAACAAUCCUUUAAAAUAUGGUCAGUCUAAAAUAAACCAAAGGAGCUUUAGUAGUAUAUGGGGAGGCAGAGCUCUUGAAAGGUCGCGACCAUUAUUUUAUACCCACAAUAGAUACCAGCGAAGGCAUUAUGGAAUGCUCAUUGUUAGAGCUUUAAGGGGAGUUCUUAAAAUUCGUUACAUAUUGUUAGGAGGAGCUGUUGCUGGAGGAGGAGCUUUACAAAAAAAAUUUCAAGAUUGGCAAGAUGGCAUGCCCGACUUAAAAUGGCUUGAUGAUGUACUUCCAGAUAACGAAAAGUGGCAGGAAUGGCGUGGAAAUUUGAUUGAAUUUAAAGAUACCAUGAAAGACAAAAUUGCCAUUGAUCCCCGAAUUAAGUCCUUAACUGAAUCAAAACUAAAUGAGUUUAGAUCAUGGUUUGACCAGAGAUUAGAUGAUGCAAUUGCAGCAGCAGAACAACAGAAUGGACAAUUACCCCCGGCAAUUGAUGAUACUAAGGAAAAGAAUACAGUUUUUGCAAAAUCAUUCACUGAAACUUUUGAAAGAGAUGAUAAAGCAAGGAAGGAUGCCCAAGCCAGAUUAAAUAAUUUACAAGAUGAAAUGAUACAGACACAGAUAAAAUACCAAAAGGAAUUAGAAAGACUUGAGAAGGAAAAUAAAGAAUUAAGAAAACAGAACUUGUUACUCAAACAAGGCAAAAAAGCACCAACUAGAAAAAUUAAGCAUAGUCUAAUUGAUAUGUAUAGUGAAGUAUUAGAUGAGCUUGCUGAUUUUGACAGUGGUUACAAUACUCAAGAUCAACUGCCUCGGGUUGUGGUUGUUGGUGAUCAAAGUAGUGGCAAAACAUCAGUAUUGGAGAUGAUUGCUCAAGCUAGAAUAUUUCCCAGAGGAGCAGGAGAAAUGAUGACAAGAGCACCAGUAAAGGUGACUUUAUCUGAAGGACCCUACCACGUUGCCCAGUUUAGAGAUUCAACAAGGGAAUUUGAUUUAACAAAAGAGUCAGAUUUAGCGGACUUGCGACGUGAGGUAGAGCUGAGGAUGAGAAGUAGUGUUAGAGGAGGAAAAACUGUAUCUAGUGAAGUAAUUUCAAUGACAGUCAAAGGACCUGGUUUACAUAGGAUGGUUUUAGUGGAUUUGCCAGGCAUUAUUUCAACUGUUACAACAGACAUGGCGUCCGAUACUCGCGAAUGCAUAAAACAGAUGACUCAAACUUACAUGAAUAACCCAAACGCUAUUAUUCUAUGCAUUCAAGAUGGCUCAGUAGACGCAGAAAGGAGUAACGUAACUGACUUAGUAGCACAAUGUGAUCCAAACGGUAAAAGAACAAUUUUCGUUUUAACUAAAGUUGAUUUAGCCGAGGAAAAUUUAGCCGAUCCAAAUCGAAUUCGCAAAAUACUUUCCGGUAAAUUGUUCCCAAUGAAAGCGAUAGGCUAUUUCGCUGUAGUUACAGGAAAAGGUCGGAAAGACGAUUCGAUUCAAACAAUAAAAGAUUACGAGGAAUAUUUUUUCAAGAAUUCAAAGCUGUUCAAAGAUGGCGUCAUACGUUCCACACAAGUUACUACUCGCAAUUUGAGUCUAGCAGUUGCUGACUGUUUCUGGAAAAUGGUGCGCGAAACGGUUGAACAGCAAGCCGAUGCCUUUAAAGCUAGACGGUUCAAUUUGGAAACCGAGUGGAAGAAUAAUUUUCCGCGAAUACGAGAACAAGACAGGGAUGAAUUGUUUGAAAGAGCCCGUGCGGAAAUUCUCGAUGAGGUUGUAAAUUUGUCCCAGGUUAGCCCCAAGCAAUGGGAAGAUUGUUUGAUGAGUAAAAUCUGGGACAAAGUUUCGAGCCAUGUGUUUGAAAACAUAUAUUUGCCAGCGGCUCAGACCGGUAGCUUCGAGACUUUUAAUACAUCGGUUGACAUAAAACUAAGGCAUUGGGCGGAGCAAGCGCUGCCAUCUCAGGCGGUAGAGUCAGGUUGGGAAACUCUGCAAGAAGAGUUUCAGAAGUUCAUGAGUAAAGCUAAUCAAGCCCCUGAUCAUGAUGAUGUUUUUGAUCUUCUCAAAGCGGCAGUAGUUAGUGAAGCUAUGCAAAGACAUUCGUGGGAAGACAAAGCGUCGGAAAUGCUGAGGGUUAUUCAGCUGAAUGCUUUGGAAGAUCGCACUGUAAGUGACAAAAGGGAUUGGGACGCGGCUGUGAAGUUCCUGGAAACAAGUGUGAAAAAUAAACUCAAACAAACAGAAGACAUGUUGAAAGAUAUGUUAGGUCCUUCUGUGAAGGAAAGAUGGAUGUAUUGGAAGUACCAAAGCGAAGAACAAGCGAAGCGAUGUGCCAUAAAAUCUGAGUUGGAUAAGAUUCUAUAUACAAACGAAAAACAUCCACCCUUGUUAACUUAUGAUGAACUGACAACCAUUAGGAAUAAUUUGUUACAACGUAGUAGCAUAGAAGUUGAUAAUGAGUUCAUACGUGAAGUUUGGUUCCCUGUGUACAGACGCCAUUUUCUUAAACAGUCUUUAACUAAGGCGUAUGAUUGUCGGAAAUCUUUUUAUUUGUAUCAUCAACAAGCUGAUGUUGAAUGUUCAGAUAUAAUACUAUUCCAUAGGAUUCAACAAAUGAUGAAAGUCACUUCAAACGCUCUUAGGCAACAAAUAAUUAACCGGGAAGCGCGAAGACUAGAUAAAGAAAUUAAGGACGUACUAGAAGAUUAUAGUCAAGAUAUAGACAAAAAGGAAACACUACUUACUGGCAGAAGAGUUACAUUAGCUGAAGAAUUGAAACGAGUUCGCCAGAUUCAGGAGAAACUAGAAGAAUUUAUUCAAGCUUUGAGUAAAGAAAAGUAACUUUUCUAAAUUGUUAUAUAAGCCUUUACACAUUAUUGGAUUUUUUUGGUAGGUACAAAACUAAAACAAAGUUUACUUUUGGUAUUUUGGAUACUACAGAAUCGUUGUCAUUGUGAGGAAUCAAAUUCGUCUUUACUAUUAAGCUAUUAAAAGAAGUUCUGUUUGAUUCCUAUUUAUUUAUUAUUUACAAUAAUUUUAUAAAAGUCAACAAUAUUGUUAUUUUGAUUAAAGUGUUUCACACAGA